AUGAAGGUCAUCAGCAAGGAAGAGGAACAGGAGCACUACAGCCAUGUUCUGCGCGGUGGCUUUAUCGGCGGUAGCGUUGGUCUUGCUCUCGGUCUGGUCGGUGUGAUCGGUGCCUACAAGCGCUACCCGGCCUUCCGGUCGCUCACGCUGCCCUUCCGGUCCUUCCUGGUCUCGUCCUCGGCGACGGCUGGCGCCAUCAUUCUGGCCGAGCGUGAGAGCAUUAAGUUCCAGCGCAACAACGAUGCGAUGCACCGGUAUUUGGAAGAGACGCACCACAAAGUGGAGGAGGAGAAACGCAAACAGCAGACCGAGUGGGAGCGCAUGCUGGAAUGGGGCCGUGAGCACCGCUAUGGCAUCGUCUUCGCCUCCUGGCUGGCCUCUAUGGGUAUUGCGCUUGCCAUUGUCGGCCGCAGCAAGUACUUGUCCUCGGCUCAAAAGAUUGUCCAGGCCCGUGUGUAUGCGCAAGGCCUGACUUUGGCCGUGCUCAUUGCCACAGCCGCCCUUGAGACCGCCGACGCUAAAUCAGGCAAGGGCCGCUGGGAGACUGUCCUGGUCGUUGACCCCGAGGACCCGGAACAUAAGCGUAUGAUUGAGAAGCGUGUCCCCAAGGAGGACUACGAGGGCCAGGACCUCUGGAAGCAGAUGGUUGCCGCUGAGGAGAGGCGCCUGGCUGAGAGGAAGCAGAAGGAGGCCGAGGCCGAGGCUGCUGCCAAGGCCCAUUAA